AUGUCUUCAGCCACCCAGAUCCACCCUACUCCCGCGACUGAGGACAACGCCGAGGCACUGAAGCGUGCGCCCGCAGAUGAACACUCCGACGACGAGAAAUUCGGGGAUGAAUCUCUGUCAUAUCUCUGCCGCGACGUGAUCACCGAGUUCCUGAGCAAGACCGGCAUUGCCAAGCCCACGUUUGACGGUGCCGCAUUCGGCGACGAGGUCGACCGUCUGACGUUCGAGGAAGUCGCGACUUGGGAGAUCGGUGACGCGUCUCCCCGAAGGCUGCACCACCAUGUCGUAACGGCGGUCAACAACUCGAAGACAUCGUACGGCCACACACCUGUUUCGACACAGGUGCAAAUUGCGCUCUGGACGACACUUUGCAUCUGCGUGGACGAUUUCGAGAUCAAUGAGGACGCUCUCGCCGCAUUUGCGGAGCGAUUCCAUGCGGGUCAGGCGCAGCUGCACCCGCUCCUCGACGUGCUCGUGGGCAACCUACGCGACAUGCCGAAGUUCUUCCAUCCGUACGGUGCGGCGUCGAUCGUCACGACCACGGUCCAGUUCGUUGUCUGUGUGCUGUUCGAUAAGGAGGCGGAGGGCAUGGAGCUGCAUCAUGCGGCGCGCGACUAUCCGGUUUACAAGCGGUCCAGGAAUGGCCUCGGUGAGGGGUUUGCAUACUGCAUCUUUGACAAGGUGAACUUCCCGGACGUGUCGACGCACAUUCAGGUGAUCCCCGAUGGGAUUGCGUACCUCCUCUAUGCCAACGAUAUCCUCUCGUUUUAUAAGGAAGCGGUUGCCGGCGAGAAGAAUAACUUUGUCCACGAUCACGCUCGCGUCACGGGCAAGGACAUCAAGACAUCCCUGAUGGACAUCACGAAAGACACUAUAAAUCUCGUGAAUAGGGCUCGGCAGAUCCUGCAGAACGAGAAGGAAAGGCAGGCGUGGGAGAGCUUCAUUUUGGGCUAUGUGGCGUUCCACUUCAUUUCGCCACGGUACAAGCUGAAGGAGCUGUUAAAUGGCGCCGAGUAA